AUGACAAUCAAACAGCAUCUAGUGGACAUUGGAAUUCAUACUGGUAAGAAACCUUAUAAAUGCCUGGUGUGUGGAAAGAGUUUCAAUAAUAGUGGAAGUCUACACAACCACCAACGAACUCACACUGGGAAGAAACCCUAUAAAUGCCUGGAGUGUGGAAAGAGCUUCACUCAGCAUGAGAAUCUACAGUCUCACUGCAGAACUCACACUGGGGAGAAACCCUAUACAUGUCUGGAAUGUGGAAAGAACUUCAGCCAUAGUGGAAGUCUACAUUCACAUCAAAGGAGGCACACUGGGGAGAAACCCUAUACAUGCCUGGAGUGUGGAAAGAGCUUCACUCAGAAUUCAAACCUACAUACACACCAACAAACUCACAAUGGGGGAAAACCUUGUACAUGCAUAGAAURUGGAAAGAGCUUCUCUAACAGUGGAAGUUUACRUUUACAUCAAAGGACUCACACUGGGGAGAAGCCCUAUCAAUGCCUGCAGUGUGGAAAGAGCGUCACUGACAGUGGACAUUUACGUUCACAUCAAAGGACUCACACUGGGGAGAAACCCUAUACAUGCAUGGAGUGUGGAAAGAGCUUCACUCAGAGGGGUAAUCUGCAGCAACAUGAAAGGAUUCACACUGGGGAGAAACCCUAUACAUGCCUGGAAUGUGGACAGAGCUUCACUCAGAGUUCACACCUACGUAGACAUCAACGCACUCACACUGGGGAGAAACCUUAUACAUGCCUGAAAUGUGGCCAGAGCUUUACUCAGAGUUCACACCUACGUAGACACCAACUAACUCACACCGGGGAGAAACCUUAUAAAUGCCUGGACUGUGGAAAGAGUUUCACUCGGAGUGGAGAUCUACGUUCACAUCAACAAACUCACACUGGGGAGAAACCCUAUGAAUGCCUGGAGUGUGGAAAGAGUUUCACUUGGAGGCAUCAGCUGCAGCAACAUGGAAGGAUUCAUACUGGUAAGAAACCUUAUAAAUGCCUGAUGUGUGGAAAGAGUUUCAAUAAUAGUGGAAGUCUACAUAACCACCAACGAACUCACACUGGGAAGAAACCCUAUAAAUGCCUGGAGUGUGGAAAGAGCUUCACUCAGCAUGGGAAUCUACAGUCUCACUGCAGAACUCACACUGGGGAGAAACCCUAUACAUGUCUGGAAUGUGGAAAGAACUUCAGCCAGAGUGGAAGUCUACAUUCACAUCAAAGGACGCACACUGGGGAGAAACCCUAUACAUGCCUGGAGUGUGGAAAGAGCUUCACUCAGAAUUCAAACCUACAUACACACCAACAAACUCACAAUGGGGGAAAACCUUGUACAUGCAUAGAAUGUGGAAAGAGCUUCUCUAACAGUGGAAGUUUACGUUUACAUCAAAGGACUCACACUGGGGAGAAACCCUAUACAUGCAUGGAGUGUGGAAAGAGCUUCACUCAGAGGGGUAAUCUGCAGCAACAUGAAAGGAUUCACACUGGGGAGAAACCCUAUAAAUGCCUGGAAUGUGGAAAGAGCUUCCGUGAUAGUGGAACCCUACAUAAACACCAACGAACUCACACUGGGGAGAAACCCUAUAAAUGCCUGGAGUGUGGAAAGAGCUUCACUGCCAGUGGAGACCUAUGUAAACACCAACGAACUCAUACUGGGGAGAAACCCUAUCAAUGCCUGGAGUGUGGAAAGAGCUUCUCUCGUAGUAGAGGUCUACGAGGACACCAACGAACUCACACUGGGGAGAAACCCUAGCGAUGCCUGGAGUGUGGAAAGAGCAUCUGUGAAAGUGGAAAUCUUCAAAAACAUAAUAGAACCCACACUGGGAUGCCUUGAGUGUGGAAAGCACUCACAUUCUAGUAAAAUGAUGCCUAUAGAGACCCUCUUAAGAUGUACAAAGGCAAGUCUACCAAAUGUAAAUGACAGCAUAAUGUUGGGAAUUUCAUCAUCCUGUGGUGAUCUUGCAGAAAUGCUCAGAAAUAUUGGGUUGAAAUAGAUAAAUGUAGAAGAAUGGGAGGAACUUUGGAAGAAUAGAUUACAAUUUACAAGAAGUUACUCUGUUAAAAGUUUUUUUUACAAAAGGAUCCACAGAUGUUACAUAACUCCAGAAAAACCCUCAAAGAUAAAUUAAAAUACUGAAUUUAUGCUGGAAAUGUAUUAGAAAUGACGGGAACCUUGUAUCAUAUGUGCUGAACUUCCAGCUAAAAGUGCAUAGCAACAUUGAAAAAAACAAAACUAAGUAACACUGAAUCCAGAACCUUUUUAAUUGGGACUUUUAGACAAGCAUAUCCUAAAAUAGCAGGAAAUAAUCUUCCUGUACGUGACUACAGCAGCAAGAAAUUAAUAUGCAAAGUUAUUGAUAAAAAAAACACCAACACCAGAGGAAUGGAUUACAAUUUUUUUCAAAUGGCUGAAAUUUACAAAUUAACUUUAACUCUACAAGAAGAUGAUACAUAAAAGCUGCAAUAGAAUUUGUGAACUAAAAGUGUUAUGAGAUAAUACAUUUGUUUAAACUAUAUAACUUGUAUGUAUAAGAGCAAAAAAAGUUUUGGAAAAUUAAUGACUUAAUAUUUCUGAAUUAAAGUAGAAAAAUGUAUAACUUCAAGAA